AUGUCUGAUAUUGAUGACGAUGAUUCUGAUGAAACAAUAAGAGAACUGUAUGAAAAAUUUAAUGUUUCAACUCAAGUAACAAGUGGUGAUUUAAUGGUUCCAUUUAUUUCUUUAAUUAACUCACCUAAACAUUUAAAUACUAUGACUGGAAUACCUUCAUUCAAUUUAUUGAAUAAAAUUGAGGAAUUGUAUCGUUUAGAGUUUCCGGAUAAGCGUUUUCAUAAUAUAAGUUACAAAGAAAGAAUUGUCAUGGUAUUUAUGAAAUUGAAACAAGAUUUAUCUUUCAUAGUGUUAUCAAUAUUAUUCAAAAAUGUUUCACCUGAGUCUUGCAGAACAAUUUAUGCAUCAAUUAUACCUUCACUAGCUAUGCUUUUAAACAGUGUGAUAUAUUGGCCAUCAAAACAAGAAAUUUCCUCUGACAUUCCAUAUUGCUUUGAAAAUUUCAACAAAACUAGAGUAGUUAUAGACUGCACAGAGAUUUCAUUGCAAAAAAACCCAAAUGCUUGA